AUGGCGACUCAACAGAAUGGCGUUGCUGCCAACGGAGCUGCUUCCAAGAGACAUGAGGAGUACCAGUACCUGGAUUUGAUUCGUGAGAUUCUUGAUGAGGGAGAAGAGAGACCUGAUCGCACAGGAACCGGCACAAUCAGCAUCUUUGCUCCUCGACCACUCAAAUUCUCACUCAACAGGGACGGCACGCCGAUUGUUCCCCUCCUCACCACUAAGCGCGUGUUCCUGCGGGCUGUGAUUGCCGAGCUACUCUGGUUCAUCGAAGGCAACACCUCAUCCAAGGCCCUUAGCGACGUGGGCGUCAAAAUCUGGGACGGCAACGGCUCCCGCGAGUUCCUCGACAACUUGGGCCUCACGCACCGCGAAGAAGGCGACCUGGGCCCUGUAUACGGAUUCCAAUGGCGUCACUUUGGAGCGGAAUACGUCGACGCAAAGACAGGUUACGCAGGACAAGGCGUCGACCAGCUCGCUGAUGUCAUUGACAAGCUCAAGAACAAACCAUAUGAUCGGAGGAUCAUCAUGAGUGCAUGGAACGCCCGUGACUUGCACCUCAUGGCCCUCCCGCCGUGUCAUGUCUUUGCACAGUUUUACGUCUCGUACCCCAGCCGUGGGAGGCGCAACGGCAAACCCGCGGUGAACGGCACAAAUGGCAGCGCGGAAAAGGGCCAUCUACACUGCCAGUUGUACCAACGGUCCUGCGACAUGGGUCUCGGCGUGCCAUUCAACAUUGCUAGCUACGCGCUGCUCACACACAUGAUGGCACAUGUGUGCGAUUUAGUCCCAGGGAGUUUGACGCAUGUCAUGGGCGAUGCGCACGUCUACGCUGAUCAUGAAGAUGCCCUGAAUAUACAGCUGGAAAGAGAACCGCGUGACUUCCCUGAGAUAGAAAUCGCGCGGGAGAAGGGAGGCAGCAUUGAUGGAUGGAAGGUGGAAGAUUUCGUGAUCAAGGGGUAUGAUCCGCACAAGACGAUCGCCAUGAAGAUGGCUGUAUAG